UUAGCAUGGCAAACAGUGUCUAGUUUUUUAGCUCUUCAUUUCUUCAACAUAGUCAAUACUAUGAACACUACUUCAGCUCAAAACCUCCUCAAAACCCUGUUGUCGAACCCAUCUGCGAUCAAAUCCAAGUCCCAGGCCACGCAGCUGCACGCCCUCAUCAUCAAAACCACAAGCGCGUCUUCUCCCUCUCUCGCCACCCUUCUUUCCAUCUACACUAACUUCAGCCUCUUACAAGAAUGUCUCUCGCUCUUCGACUCCCUCCCUUCUCCGCCGCCGCCCAAAGCCUGGAAAUCCAUCAUCAAAUGCUACUCUUCCAACGGCCUCUUCUCCCAAUCCUUGCGUUCUUUCGUCGAGAUGAGAGCUUCCGGCAAGUACCCGGACCGGAAUGUGUUCCCCUCUGUGCUUAAAGCGUGUACCCAUUUGCGGGAUUUGAGGCUCGGUGAGUCUGUUCAUGGGUAUGUUGUGAGGUGUGGGUUGGAUUGCGAUCUUUAUACUGCGAAUGCACUCAUGAAUAUGUAUGCCAAGUUGCAGGAAUUGGAUGAACCCAACAUGUUCGAUAAAAUUCCCCAAAGAAACCAAAUUGAUGCAUCUGAGAAUGCAUAUUUGGCUUACAACACUGCGUUUGAAUUGACUAGUGAUUCAAAGAGUAAUAUUGAUGGGGUGGUACAAGUCCCUGGUUUUUGUCAUACUAACCAAAAUGGAGAGGGGAGAAUAAAUAAAGCUUUGAAAGUGGAUAGUGUUAGGAAACUGUUCGAGGUGAUGCCAAAUAGGGAUAUUGUUACCUGGAACACAGUCAUUGGGGGUAAUGUACAGAAUAGGAUGUAUGAGGAAGCUCUAGAGAUGGUUAGGGAGAUGGGGAAUUCUGAUUUGAAGCCCAACAGUUUCACUUUGUCCAGUAUCCUUCCUAUCUUUGCUGAGCAUGUGGAUGUCUUGAAGGGAAAAGAAAUACACGGUUAUGCAAUUAGGCAUGGGUUUGAUAAAGAUGUGUUUAUUGGGAGUAGUUUGAUUGAUAUGUAUGCCAAUUGUACUCUGGUGGAAGAUGCAUACCGGGUUUUCUGUGAGUUAGCUGAAAAGGAUGAUGUUUCGUGGAAUUCAACCAUUGCAGGAUUUGUGCAAAAUGGUAUGUUUGAUGAAGGGCUGAAGUUGUUUAGGGAGAUGCUAGCUGCUAAUAAAGAACCUCUGCCGGUAUCUUUCUCUAGUAUAAUCCCAGCCUGUGCUAAUUUGACAACACUUCAUUUGGGAAAGCAACUCCAUGCAUACAUAAUUAGAACUGGUUUUGUUGAUAAUAUGUACAUAUCUAGCUCACUGGUGGAUAUGUAUGCAAAAUGUGGGAAGAUUAUGAUAGCGCGGUGGAUUUUUGAUAAGAUGGUGUUACGUGAUUCAGUCUCAUGGACAGCCAUGAUCAUGGGGUAUGCACUGCAUGGAUAUGCACGUGAAGCCAUCCUCUUAUUUGAGAAGAUGGAAAUGGAGGGAGUCAAGCCUAACUCUGUGGCCUAUGUAGCUGUUUUGACUGCUUGCAGCCAUGCUGGUUUAAUAGACGAGGGCUGGAAACAUUUUACAACUAUGAGACAAAAAUAUGGUAUAUCCCCAGGGCUUGAGCACUAUGCUGCUGUUGCAGACCUGUUUGGCCGAGCAGGGAGACUAGCGGAAGCGUAUGAAUUAAUCUCUAGCAUGCAUAUUAAACCAACAGGGAGUGUUUGGUCCACUUUGUUGUCAGCUUGCAGAGUUCACAAAAAUGUUGAACUUGCUGAAAAAGUUGCCAAUGAAAUAACUAAAGUUGAUCCCGAGAAUUUGGGUCCCUAUGUACUCUUGUCAAAUAUGUAUUCUGUUACUGGACGAUGGAAAGAUGCACUAAAACUUAGAAAAAAUAUGAAGAAGAAGGGAAUGAGAAAGACACCAGCUUGCAGCUGGGUUGAAGUUAAGAACAAAAUACAUGCUUUUGUCUCUGGAGACAAAUCUCAUCCACAAUAUAUUCAGAUAGAAAUGGCAUUGCAAGACAUUUUAGAACGGUUGAAAUUAGAAGGAUAUGUUCCUGAGACCAGUGAGGCAUUACAUGAUGUUGAUGAGGAGCAGAAGCAUGAUUUAUUUUUUGCUCACAGUGAACGGCUUGCAAUAGCAUUCGCAAUUAUUAACACACCCGCAGGGACAACAAUCCGGGUGACAAAGAAUCUUCGGGUAUGCGUGGACUGUCACACAGCAACUAAGUUCAUAUCCAAGGUUAUGGGGAGGGAGAUAAUUGUUAGAGACAACAAUAGAUAUCACCAUUUUAAAGACGGGGUAUGCUCAUGUGGAGAUUAUUGGUGAAACAAAUUGUCAAGUUACUUUUGAAACUGAGCAUGAAAGAGUUGUCAUGUAGCCAUGCAAUUGAGGAAACACAUAUCUACGGAGCUUCAAAGGGAAAUGAAAUGGAGGAACUCAGCAACUCAAGAAAGCUUGCACUACUCUUUUGCUGUGGAGACAUUUGCUAGAAGGAAUGGUUGCACUAAUGGCAUGUUUGGUUGGAUGUAGUUUAGGGGGAAUUGUAAU